CAAUAAACCAUUCUAUCGAGUACCUACAGCCCAUAAUCAGAAGCAAUCAACCAUACCUACCUUGCCUACCUUAGUACCCAGAGAGCUGCUCUCUCAAGCUUGAAAUGUCCAUGUUAUAGCCACAUACGCACCCAGCGCACCGCCACACAAACCCAGCACCCAGCAAGCACACACCAGCCCCUAAAAACCUUCCGAAGCCCAUCCCUGGCGCGACCUAAAGAAAUCCCUGUUUCAUGCCAGCGUGGAUACUAUUGCCGCCGCCGCGCGCGCCUCUCUCAAAGCUCCCGCAUCAGCGACGAAGCUUCUUCUUCUCCCACGUCGCCUUUUCUCAACAACACCACUUGGUCAAGACUCACCAACCCCGCGCUCCUUUAAAAACAAGAAACACGCUUUUCCAGCCACUUCCCUCCCCUUCCUCAAUUCUGUCUCCUCAGAGGAAGGUUGUAGCUGAAGCCCUUUCUCUCUCUCUCUCUCUCUCUCUCUCUCUCUCUCUCUCUCUCUCUCUCUCUCUCUCUCUCUCUCCACCCUUUUUAAUCUGCCCUUUUUUCCGGUUUAUUACACCAAGCUUUCCUAACAAUGGUAUGUCGGUCCUGCUUCCUCCUAUUUCUUUGUUGUUGUUUCUCUGGGUGACGCCACCACUCCCAUCUUAAACAAUCCGUCACGGCAUGAAGCCAAAAGAAGAAACAAAAGGCUAACUUCUCUACAAGCUCGACAAGCUCGUCGGUUUCGCCAUGCUGGUGGCCGCCUCCGUCAUCUUCCUCUACUA